CCUGGGUGGGCCAUUCCCGGGCCUCUUGGGGUCGGUUCUGGAGCCACGCGCGUCCCUGCUGGACUUGGCCGUGCUAGAGAACAGCGGCAGGGUCAGUGGACGCCGCCGUGCGCCUGGGAGUGCCUGCGGAGAGGUGGCAGGGCUGGUAAUUGUGAGGAUAAGAAGUGACAUGAACAGGGCCUAAUACAGAGCUGAUACAUUACCCAGGACACUUGUUAAAGAAAACAUUACUCAAGACGCUUGUUGAAGACGAACACACGAUCGCACUCCCUCUUCUGUCCCUGUGAGAGGCUCUGUGAAGGCCUGGUGCUCCCCAGAGACAGCUUCAUCCCAGAAGAACUCUACCUGAAAGGACUUGCCAGGCCAGAUGAUGCCCACUGAGCUGGGGCAGGCCCUGGUCCUGCCGCCACCACUGCCGAAGGCCGAGGACUUUCUAUUCUCCGGGCCAGAUGCUGUCCCUCGAGGGGAGCCCUCCAACCCCGAGACAGCACGUCAGCUCUUCAGGCAGUUUCGUUACCAGGCAAUGUCUGGGCCCCAGGAAACCCUGAGACAACUGCGGAAGCUCUGUUUUCAGUGGCUGCAGCCAGAGGUGCACACCAAGGAGCAGAUCCUAGAGAUCCUCAUGCUGGAGCAGUUCCUGACCAUCCUGCCUGGGGAGAUUCAGAUGUGGGUGCGGAAGCAGUGUCCAGGCAGUGGGGAGGAGGUAGUGACCCUUGUGGAAAGCUUGAAGGGAGACCCCCAGAGGCUGUGGCAGUGGAUCAGCAUCCACAUUCUAGGACAGGACGUCUGGUCCCAGAAGGUGGAAUCGGUGAGCUGCCAAGUUGGGGAAGUGGAGUCUCAUCUUGAAGUGACACCUCAGGAGCUGGGACUCCAGAAUUUACCCUCUGGGCCUGGGGAGCCACUGAGCCACAUGGUGAAAGAGGAGUCUCACACGGAACAGAAAUUAGCAGUGGCUGCCCCCCUGCUCCCUGCCCAACCUGAGGAAAGACUCCUCAGAGACCAGCCCUUCGGAGCCUCCCUUCUCCAAACAGCACCUCAGGAGCCGUGGCGGCACCUGGAUUCCACUCAAAAGGAGCAAUACUGGGAUCUCCUGCUGGAGACCUAUGGGAAGAUGGUCUCAGGAGGCAUUUCCAAUUCCAAGCCCGACCUGACUAAUUCAACAGAGUAUGGGGAGGAAAUGGCAGGAUUGCACCUUUAUGUCAGUGAGAAGCUCCCAAAACCCACCUGCAUGGGAGAUAGACAGGAAAACGACAAAGAGAACCUGAACUUGGAAAAUCAUAGGGACCAGGAACCUCCAGAUGCCUCCUGUCAUGCCUCAGAAGAGGCAUCUUCUCAGGCUCCCUUCAGUGGCCACUUCCCUGAGGAUGAGCUGCGAUGUUUUGGAGAAGGAGAGGAUGUCCCUGAGGCUCAGGAAAUCCUCCAGGGUGAGGGGGUAGGGGGACAGCUCUUUCCUCCAGAAAGGACUUCUGGAAAACAGCUGGGUCACUGUCUGCCCAGCCCUCCUCUGGGACAGCGGUCCAUGCUGGGGCUUGAGCUGAAGAGAGCAGCCUCCCCCAAAGGGCAGCUGAGGGCCCCCAUGGCCCAGAAACUCCCCACCUGCAGGGAGUGUGGGAAAACCUCUUAUAGGAAUUCCCAGCUGGUUUUCCACCGCAGAACUCACACUGGAGAGACCUACUUCCAGUGCCCCACCUGCACAAAGGCCUUUCUGCGGAGUUCCGACUUUGUGAAACAUCAGCGAAUCCACAUGGGAGAGAAGCCCUGUAAAUGUGAUUACUGUGGGAAGGGCUUCAGUGACUUCUCAGGGCUGCGCCACCAUGAGAAAAUACACACAGGAGAGAAGCCCUACAAAUGCCCCACCUGUGGAAAGAGUUUUAUUCAAAGAUCAAACUUUAAUAGACAUCAGAGGGUUCACACAGGAGAGAAGCCUUACAAAUGUUCCUGCUGUGGGAAAAGCUUCAGCUGGAGCUCAAGCCUCGAUAAACAUCAAAGGUCCCACUUGGGAAAGAAGCCCUUGCAGUAGCCACGCCCUCUCAGCCAUCUUGUUCAUUUAAAAACACUCAGCUCCAUCAGGACAAAUUACAUCUUGUAGAGCAGGGGUCCCCAACCCCCAGGCCACAGACAGGUUCUGGUCUGUGGCCUCUCAGGAACCCCGCUACCAGUGAAAUACCUGAGUUCUGCCUCCUGUCUCUGCCCCUCCCACCCCCCCAACAGCAGGGAGUGAGCAGUGGGUGAGAGAGCCAGCAGCUGAACUCCAGCUCCCCACCCAGUCUCUUCUCCCAUGAAGCCAGUCCCUGGUGCCAGAAAGGUUGGGGACCUCUUUUGCGUGAAUUGGAGAAGAGAGUACCCAAACAUUGUUUUGGACUCAGGAGGAUAGAUAUAUUGGCCUGUGGAUUGGAUUUCAUGCUGGUUUAAUUUCUUGUAGGAGAAAGAAUAGUCUUUGUCUUUCACUUUAUCUCAUUUUGAGGGAGCGAUGGGAGAAAACUAUUGCUUAGAGAUCCUGUUCCAGGAGUGCUGCUGGGAAGAGUGUUACUGGGUUAGCCACACCCGCUGCUCGUGGGAAGACUCGGAUCAGUCCUCUCACACCCGGGUUCUAGAGCAGGCCUGCCACAGAAGGGGAAACAGAGGGCCAGCGAGCUCACGUGCGUUCUUUGUCAUGCUGCUGCAAAGUUAAUGUCAUGUCCCCUGUUUUAAAUAAACUGGAGUCACUCCUGUCUUA